GCUAUUCCUCAGUACUUCCUCCAGGUUCACCAAAAUGACGGAGCCUUCCAAAGUUAUUCAUGUUCGUAACGUCGGGCAUGAAAUAUCUGAGAAUGAUCUACUUCAAUUGGUGCAACCUUUUGGUGUGGUCGAUAAACGUGUCAUGCUACGUGCUAAGAAUCAGGCUCUUUUGCAAAUGCAUGAUAUACCUUCUGCCGUCAAUGCAUUGCAAUACUACACAAAUGUUCAGCCAAGUGUCAGGGGCAGGAAUGUUUACAUGCAGUUCUCUUCUCAUCAAGAACUGACAACGCCUGACCAAAAUGGUCAGGGGAGCAAGGAUGGAGACCAGGAUUCACAACCCAACCGAAUUCUCUUAGUUACAAUUCAUCACCUGCUCUAUCCUAUAACAGUGGAAGUUCUUCAUCAAGUUUUUUCUCCUCAUGGAUUUGUUGAGAAGAUCGUGACCUUUCAGAAGGCAGCCGGAUUUCAGGCUCUUAUCCAGUACCAGGCUUGCCAAAGUGCUGUUCAAGCCAGAAAUACGCUGCAAGGGCGCAACAUUUACGAUGGUUGCUGUCAGCUUGAUAUCCAGUUCUCGAAUCUUCCAGAGUUGCAAGUGCACUUCAAUAAUGAAAGAUCCAGGGAUUUUACCAAUCCAUCUUUGCCCAAUGAACAGAAAGGAAGACCAUCGCAAGGAGCCUUGCCUGGUUAUGGGGAUUCAGGAGGCCUCUAUGGCAUGCAACCAGGAGGAGGCAGGCCAGUGGCAUUUCCACAGGUGGGUGCAAUCGGCCUAGGCCCUAUCCAGAUUGGCACUGCUGCAGCCAUUGCAGCUGCAUUUGGUGGGGGUUUGCCCCCAGGCAUAACUGGUACUAACGACAGAUGCACUCUUCUGGUGUCCAAUCUAAAUCUCGAAAAAAUCGAUGAAGAUAAGCUUUUCAACUUGUUUUCCCUCUAUGGAAAUAUAUUACGCAUCAAAAUGCUUAAAAACAAACCUGACCAUGCACUCAUUCAAAUGGGUGAUGGUUUCCAGACUGAAUUGGCUGUACAUUUCUUGAAGGGGGCCAUGCUUUUCGGGAAGCGAAUGGAUGUGAACUUCUCAAAGCAUCCGCACAUCACCCCUUCAACCGACACCCACGACUACUUAGGCUCCAACCUCAACCGAUUCAACCGCAAUGCUGCCAAGAACUAUCGCUACUGCUGUGCCCCCACCAAGAUGAUCCACAUCUCCACCCUCCCUCCCGAGGUCACUGAGGACGAGAUUGUGGCCCAUGUUGAGGAGCACGGCAAUGUGGUUGGGAGCAAGCUCUUUGAGGUAAACGAGAAGAAGCAGGCCCUAGUGCUCUUUGACACGGAGGAGCAGGCCACCGAGGUCCUUGUUUGCAAGCAUGCCACCACCAUAGGGCGUGCCAUCAUCCGCAUCUCUUUCUCCCAGCUCCAGAGCCUGUAGGACCCUCAACAACCUUCACGAACAUUCUUGAGUGCGGUAGCCUUUCCCAAAGGGGUGUGCAAGAGGGUGGGGUUUAGGUAUUUGUUUUUAUUUUUCUUUGUUUGGGAUUUUGUGUUCUUGUUUGGACCUGGGUUUUGUGCUCUUGCCUUUUUAGGGGCAGAGACUUGCUUGUUGCACCUCUUUGGGGUGCUUGGCUUUUGCAGCGUGGAUCUUGUUUUGUACUCAUGAUACAUAUAUUCAGUUUACUGUGUAGUUUGACCUAAUGUCUAAGCAUGGAAAUCGAAUGUACCUGUGUUUUCCAUAAGAAACUGAGCCUUGCAAGUGCUACUCAUGUAUUGAAAUCCGGACUGUUUACUUGAAUCCAUGAGAAGUCAUGUUCA